AUUAAGGACGAGCACAACAAGGAAUCAAAUGGUCGGGUAGACUUUCUCAAACUCAUGCUCCAGAAUCAAAUACCUGGUGAUCAUUUUGAGGACACAGAUGAGCAACCAGCAAAAGGACUAACAGACCACGAGAUUCUCUCCCAGUCCCUCGUUUUCAUUCUCGGAGGUUAUGAGACGACAAGCACCACUCUCACUUACCUCCUCUAUAAUCUUGCAACUAAUCCAGACUGCCUGGAAAAGCUGGUUGAGGAGAUUGACACAAACUUCCCUCCUGAUGUGAGCACACUGGCUUCUGCUUUGUUCAUAGUUUUUGUCUAGAGAAUCUAGCUUAAAGGGAUAGUUCACCCAAAAAUCAGGCCAUCCAAGAUG